AGGACAGCAAAGAUGGCGGCCUGUGCGUUACGCCGAGGCUUGCUGAGCAGUGUCAGUAAAUACAACAAGAAGCACACACAUAGAAUACUGAGCGUCGCUGACAGCACCAGCGGCUUCGAGGCGUUCAGACCGCGGUUCCAGUGCCGAGCCUGCGGACUGCCCGGCGCUGUUCAGCCGAGGAGGUUCAUGUCGUCACGGAACAGGCCUGAAGGGAAGAUUUUGGAGACUGUGGGAGUGUUUGAGGCUGUGAAACAACACGGCAAAUAUGAAACAGGACAGCUGUUUCUCCACAGUGUGUUUGGCUACAGAGGCAUUGUCUUGUUUCCUUGGCACGCCCGACUCUAUGACCGAGACAUCACCCCUGCCACGCCCAUGUCUGAGAACGAAGCUGAGCCUCCAGGAGCCCACGGCUCCAAGGAGGUGAAGGGGAAGACUCACACCUACUACCAAGUUCUCAUCGACACCAGAGACUGCCCCCAUAUAUCUCAGCGCUCUCAGACGGAGGCAGUGACGUUUCUUGCCAACCAUGAUGACAGCAGAGCUCUGUACGCCAUUCCAGGUCUGGACUAUGUGAGCCAUGAAGACAUCCUGCCCUAUAACUCUGCAGAGCAGGUUCCCAUCCAGCACGAACUGUUUGAGCGCUUCCUCAUGUACAACCCUGCAAAAUCUCCUCCGUUCACAGCCAGAGACACCCUGAAGGCUUGGCAGGAGAAGAACCACCCGUGGCUGGAGCUGUCAGACGUCCACAGGGAGACCACUGAGAACAUCCGAGUCACUGUCAUCCCCUUCUACAUGGGAGUGAGGGAGGCCCAGAACGCCCAUGUUUAUUGGUGGCGCUACUGCAUCCGUCUGGAGAAUUUGAGUAACGAGGUGGUUCAGCUGAGAGAGAGGCACUGGAGAAUCUUCAGCCUGGCAGGAACCCUGGAGACGGUCCGAGGACGAGGUGUCGUCGGCAGGGAGCCAGUGUUAUCUAAAGAACAGCCAGCCUUCCAGUACAGCAGCCAUGUGUCUCUACAAUCCCCCUGUGGUCACAUGUGGGGGACGUUUCGUAUCGAAAGGACCGACGGAUCUCACUUUGACAUUCGCAUUCCUCCUUUCUCCCUGGAGAGCAACAAAGACAACAAAGGGUCCCCUGCUGGCUACAAAUUUUAAGUGUCACCUCCCACCUGUGAACCCCGGACAUGCUGUCAGUCCUGGUCGUGUCUGGGUUAUCUAGAUUUGUCCUUUUCCUGUGACAUCGCCUCAGCGUUAGACUAGUGUCAGCCAUGUCGAGCAAAGGGAAAAUCUAGCACUUUCUAGAUAAUCCAGAUGCAAGUCCACCUUCCCAUUAUUCUGUCAGAGCGCACCCAGCAGCAGUAUGUCAGCGAGAGAAAAUCAAUCUGCAGUCCGGUGCAUCUUCACUCCAUGUUGUGUUUGAAGGGACUUGCACAGUCAAGUGGAAGAGAGCUGCCUGGUAGGAAGGAGAACUAAUGCUGCUGAGCAGAGCUGGGUCUGACAUGCCAUUGCUGAAAUAUUGACCCGGUUGUUUUUAUCGCGGGAGUAUUUUCUGCUGAGCUCUGGGUUCCCAAAAAAAGAACAGCAUCUUCUGCUGGUCUUUAAUCUGAGGCCUCAGUUGGAUUCUUCAAGUCAACCAAUAAGCUAUGAGUACAUCUUAAAUCUCCUCCCUCUGUGAUGAUGUUGUCGUUUGGGUUCAUGACAACAUGACUUCCAUCUUGGACCCUUUUCUCCUUCCAUGGCUUUUAAGUGUAAAACUAUCCAGUCACAGCUGAGUUGUGUAGGACCUCUGUGAGCAACUUGAGCGAGGGAGAACACACUGAAUCCUGCGCUGGUGGGAGCACCAAAGUAUUUAUGAUUUAUUGUGGCGCAACAAGGAAGCACAGUGGAUGCCACUAAUCAACAGAAAAUGACUCGGUUGUGUCAAAAUGAAACCAAAUCUUCAUAAAUUUUAAGCAAAAACAGAAUGAUUUCAAUUUGUUAGUAUCUAGUAGAGGCAUCUGUUCCAGCACUUACAGCCUUGGGUCUAUAAUUUCUCCCCUAUUGUUUAGCCAAAAACUGCUUCAGUCUCAUCUGUCAGAUUGCACAUUCAGGGUUAAAUUAGUCCACUUGAGAAUGCUGCUACUGCUUUAAAGACUUCCUGGGCUGCUGUAAAGAGACAGCUUCACAGCGUGAUGCUGCCACCAACAGGCCUCCUGCUGCGUCCACGUCCUGCAGGAUGGAUGACGGAUGGAGCAGAGCCACUACCUACAUGUUUGCGUCAGUGGGCAACUGAAGAUUGCACUUAAAGCUACUGUGCAGUGACACUAUGGCACUCUAUUUAUUAAAUAUGAUCACAUUGAAUGAAGUAUGUUGAAUAUCUCUCCAAGAAAGCAGAGCUGUCAGAAAAAUCUGAGAAACUGAAAAUCAUUAGCGCUUUUAGUCCAUUGUCUCAGCUGUGGAAGUCUCCUUUUGUGGCCAUGGGCCUUUUAGCAGGCCCCCCAUUCGUUCCCACUGCUGUGCCAUAUCCGUUCAAUUUUUAUACAACACUAACUUUUCCCCUGGGUGGCAGUGAUUUUUAAAACCCUGAUACAAAUUUCCUAUCAUGCUAAAAAGAAAUAAUAGUUAUCAAACUUUCCUGAUGCAGAUGUACUCCAGUAAACCUUUCAGUCGUCGUCACACCUUCAGCACACACUGGAGACUUGUGUUCAGUGGAUCAGAUUGAUAAUGUAGUCUGCUCCAGUCCUAAUCUAUGUAAGAGAAUACUUACACCAUCAGUUAUUUCAUAUAUGCACAUGCUGGGGGAGAUCUCGUUUCUCUUUGACGUGAGCGUUGCUCCUUGCUCAAUAGUCCUCCACUGUGAUUCCAUGUUGUGAAAACUCAAACUAGAAAAACGCAAAAGUCUGAAUACUUUGUGUGUUGACGGCCAAAUGUGAAUCCUCCUCCGCCGGAGGUGAGGGUCAGGUGUGAGUUGUCUUUGAAUAACCAAAGCAGCGCACUAUAAAGUAGUUAAACCAAGCAGUUGGCAGCCAGCGUUGGCGAACAGGAGAGCAGUGUGUGUGAAAUGUUUCUGCAGCCCGUGCUUCCUGGUAAAAUUUUAAAAAAAGAGUUAUGAGCUUGACAUUUCUCUCAAGUUGGGAAAGUAACUAACAUUUUUGUUUUCAUCAGUGAUUUGAAGCAACUGUGAUGGCUGAAAUACUACUGUAAAUAGAGAUGUAAUUACAGGCAAAAAUAAAUAAAUAUACCUUUUGAAAAAUA